CGGUCUCGGGUUAUAGGACAGGGAGGGCGCUCGCGGGACUGUAGUCCAUUCGAACCCGGACGCGAGGUUCACACGGGACCCUCUGGACUGCGCAGGACAUCGCAGGCGCCGGAACCUUCCGACCGGGCUAUGGCGGCCGCUCCGGGCGCCCGACUCCUGCGCGCUGCCUGUGCCUCCGUCGCUUUCCGUGGCCUGGACCGUCGCUGGCUGCUGGUCUGUGGGCUCCGCGCGGGAACUGCGGUCCCUCAGUGGACCCCGAGUCCGGGCGUGCUCGCAGAGGCGGGACGGGGGCGGCCGCUGAGCGUGUCUGCACGCGCGUGGAGCAGCUCAGAAGAUAAGAUAACAGUCCACUUCAAAAACCGUGAUGGCGAAACACUAACGACCAAGGGAAAAAUCGGUGACUCUCUGCUAGAUGUUGUGGUUGAAAAUAAUCUAGAUAUUGAUGGUUUUGGUGCUUGUGAGGGAACUUUGGCUUGCUCUACCUGCCACCUUAUCUUUGAGGAUCAUAUAUAUGAGAAGCUAGAUGCCAUCACUGAUGAGGAAAAUGACAUGCUUGACCUGGCUUAUGGACUAACAGACAGGUCACGGUUGGGCUGCCAAGUCUGUCUGACCAAAGCUAUGGACAAUAUGACUGUUCGUGUGCCCGAGGCAGUGGCAGAUGUCAGACAGUCUAUUGACAUGAGCAAGAAUUCCUAAGAUACAAUAAAAGGAAAUAUUUUCAUGAAAGUUUUACCUAUUUUUAUAAUUAUUUCUCAGUAUAAGUAAAUGAUUACACAACAGAAUGUAUGUGAGUAGCUGUGCUGUCUUAAUUCAGUUUGUAGUACUGAAAGACUGCAGUUUUAUUUUGAUUAACUUAUUAAAAUGUCAGUUUAAUUUUAGAAGACGGCUGACAUAAUAAACUCCUUACACAUUU